CUGGGCGGAGCGAGGAGGCGGGGGGCGGCCGGAGCGUGGUGAGGCUCGGAGGGGGAGGGAGGGGAGGGAGAGGGGGAGGGCAGCGAGCGCGCGCGCCAUGGAGCUGGCGGUGGGAGGCGGGAUGCGGCGGUCGGCGUCGCACACCUCGCUGUCGGAGUCGGACGACUUCGAGCUCACGCGCCUGCUCAGCAAGCCGCGGAUCAACGUCGAGCGCCAGCGCUCCUUCGACGACCGCUCGCUCAGCGACGUCUCGCACUCGGGCGGCUACGGCAGGGGCGGCGCCUUCGACGGCAUGUACUCGCCGGGGGGCGGCCUGCGCUCGCUCGUCGGCACGCCGGCCUCCUCCGCGCUCCACUCCUUCGAGCCCCACCCCAUCGUCGGCGACGCGUGGGAGGCGCUCCGCCGCUCCCUCGUCUUCUUCCGCGGCCAGCCCCUCGGCACCGUCGCCGCCGUCGACCACGCGUCAGAGGAGGUCCUUAACUACGACCAGGUGUUUGUGAGGGAUUUCGUGCCGAGCGCACUGGCGUUCCUGAUGAACGGCGAGCCGGAUAUCGUCAGGAACUUCCUUCUGAAGACCCUGCUGCUGCAGGGCUGGGAGAAGAAAGUCGACCGGUUCAAGCUUGGGGAAGGAGCCAUGCCGGCGAGCUUCAAGGUGAUGCAUGACGCGAAGAAGGGUGUCGAGACCCUACAUGCCGAUUUUGGGGAGAGCGCGAUUGGAAGGGUUGCGCCGGUGGAUUCCGGGUUCUGGUGGAUCAUUCUCCUGCGGGCCUACACAAAGUCCACUGGGGACUUGACACUGGCAGAGACGCCUGAGUGCCAGAAAGGGAUGAGGCUCAUACUGAGCCUGUGUUUGUCCGAGGGGUUUGAUACCUUCCCGACAUUGUUAUGUGCCGAUGGUUGCUGCAUGAUAGAUCGCAGAAUGGGUGUAUAUGGCUACCCCAUUGAAAUUCAAGCACUUUUCUUCAUGGCACUUAGGUGUGCUCUUCAAAUGCUUAAGCAUGAUAAUGAAGGGAAGGAGUUUGUAGAGAAGAUUGCUACCCGCCUUCAUGCUUUAAGCUAUCACAUGCGAAGCUAUUUCUGGCUUGAUUUCCAACAAUUAAAUGACAUUUACCGUUACAAGACAGAAGAAUAUUCGCACACAGCUGUCAACAAAUUCAAUGUUAUUCCAGAUUCUAUUCCGGACUGGCUGUUUGAUUUCAUGCCUUGUCAGGGUGGCUUUUUCAUUGGUAAUGUUAGUCCUGCAAGGAUGGACUUCCGUUGGUUUGCACUUGGAAACAUGAUUGCCAUACUUUCUUCUCUUGCAACACCUGAGCAAUCUGCGGCUAUAAUGGACCUUAUUGAGGAGCGUUGGGAGGAGCUUAUUGGUGAAAUGCCUCUGAAGAUUUGUUAUCCAGCCAUUGAGAACCAUGAAUGGCGAAUUGUGACAGGUUGUGAUCCGAAAAAUACUAGAUGGAGUUAUCACAAUGGAGGAUCAUGGCCAGUACUUCUGUGGCUGCUGACCGCAGCCUGUAUCAAGACGGGACGGCCACAAAUUGCAAGAAGAGCAAUUGACCUAGCUGAGAGGAGGCUGUUGAAGGAUGGCUGGCCAGAGUACUACGAUGGGAAGCUUGGGCGGUAUGUUGGUAAGCAAGCGAGAAAAUUCCAGACUUGGUCCAUUGCUGGGUAUUUGGUCGCCAAGAUGAUGCUGGAGGACCCUUCACAUCUUGGCAUGAUCUCCCUGGAAGAGGAUAGGGCGAUGCUGAAGCCUGUUUUGAAGCGGUCCGCAUCAUGGACAAAUUGAGAUGGUGACGAAAACUUUUAGGGAAGCAAAGUCAGCUGAAAAUUCUUGGGGUAGUAUCCUUGUCUGCUGCUGACCCCCUUUCCUUUGACUUUCCAUACCGAGAUAGUUUGCGUCUUCUGGAUUUUCCUUGGUUGUACAAUAUCUCAGCUUGUUUCCGGAGUUGAAAAGAAGCAACUGCAGAAAUGGGCGUUUUCUUUUUUGUUUUCUCAAUCUCUCGUUGUAAGAAGAUGCUCUGAUUCUUGCUUGGGUCAUCCUACAGGUUGUGGAUCGGUUAAUGGAUCCUUUCGGUUGGACUCAACUUUGCUGUACCAGUUGACCAUACAGAUGAGCAAGCUGAUUCCAGCUUCCCUGUGAACAGCACAAGUGCUAUUUCUAACGGAUGAAUAAAGCUCCUUUCUCUGCGUUGCUA